CAUGCGAUCAUCGCCUCCUUCUCUCAACCUUAUUUCAUUGAAGUGAAUCAGUUGUAGUACCUAAGUUUCAUUCAACCAUAGCAAAGAAAGAGAGAGCAAAAUAAGGGAAUUUGAAGAAAAAGUUAGGCUUACCAGGGUUGUAUUAUUGUAUGCAUGAGAACUAUAGCAGAGUGUUGAAGCUAGACCUGUGACCAUCACCAUGAAUAGCAUGGCUUCAUCUUCAGAAUAUCAUACUCAUCAGCACCCUCAUCUUCCACCGGGGUUUCGGUUCCACCCCACAGACGAGGAACUGGUGGUUCACUACCUCAAGAGAAAAGCAGACUCUGUUCCUCUUCCUGUCGCCAUCAUCGCCGAGGUUGAUCUCUACAAGUUCGAUCCGUGGGAGCUCCCAAGUAAAGCAACGUUUGGCGAGCAAGAGUGGUACUUUUUCAGUCCGAGGGAUAGGAAAUACCCAAAUGGGGCGAGGCCUAACAGGGCUGCUUCUUCUGGGUAUUGGAAAGCUACCGGAACUGACAGGCCCAUUCUUACAUCUCAUGGCCACCACAAAGUUGGAGUCAAGAAAGCACUUGUUUUCUAUGGUGGCAAACCUCCAAAAGGGGUUAAAACCAAUUGGAUCAUGCACGAGUACCGGCUUGUUGGCAGUUCCUCAAAUUCUUCCUCAAAGCCACCUUCUCUGCCUGCAGAUCAUGCACGUAGUAGCAAGAAAAACUCCCUGAGGCUUGAUGAUUGGGUUUUGUGCCGAAUAUACAAGAAAAACAACAGUACCAUGAUGCCAAGGUUUCCUUUGAUGGAGCAGAAUAAGGAGCUUUCUUCGGAGAGCACUAUGCUACCAAUGAUGUCAACUUUGUCAAUGGCCAACAAUAACACCACUCAGAAUUCCAAAGCCGGGACUUCAAGAAGCGCAAGUUAUGGACCCAUGGGACUAGAAAAUGAUGACAGCUUCUUUGAUGGAAUCUUAGGAGUUGACCAUAGCAUGCAGCAAGAUGUUUCUGAUUCCCACCAAGUCUCUUCAAAGGGAAUCUACCCUGUGAAACGAGCACUCUCGUCACAGUUUUGGAAUGACACAAGGUCAUCCUCUUCUAGCAGGAGAUUCCAUUGUGAUCUCAAUGCUGGAAGCAACACUGUAGAGGAAGAAAGUUCCUUCGUUUCACUGCUUAACCACCUUCCACAGAACACAACGUUUCACCCAAAUGCACUUCUUGGCCCAGUUAGUAAUGAUGUAUUGAGGCAACAGUUUCAGCUUCCAAACAUGAACUGGAAUGUUUAGGGUGGU